CGAUUUGCAGAAGGCAUCUGCAGGAUCUUUAGCCUCCAUCUUCUCUGCCACGGCACUGUGCCCCACAGAGCUGGUGAAGUGUCGCCUGCAGGCCAUGCAUGAAAUGGAGGCGACCGGCAAGGUAGCGAGAGGCCAGAAAAGCACGGUGUGGUCUGUGGUUAAGACCGUCCUGAAGAAAAACGGCCCUUUGGGUUUCUACGAAGGACUGACGUCCACCAUCGUGAGGGAGGUUCCUGGCUACUUCUGCUUCUUCGGGGCUUAUGAACUGUGUCGGUCUUCGUUUGCGCAGCAUAUGGGCACAGACAAAGACAGUAUAGGUAUUCUUCCGCUCAUGUUCAGUGGUGGAUUAGGAGGAGCUUGUCUUUGGCUGAUGGUCUACCCAAUAGACUGCGUGAAGUCCAGGAUCCAGGUCUACUCUUUAGCUGGGAGGCAAGAAGGCUUCAUAAAGACCUUCAUGGGUAUCGUACGCACUGAAG